AUGUUGUUCUUAAGAGGAAACCAACCAAGUGUUUUAAACAGUGACUUUGACACACACACCACACACAGACACACAGACACACCACACAGACUCACACAACAGACACACACACACCACAACCACACACACACCACACCCACACACACACCACACCCACACACCACACACAGACACACACACCACACAGACACACACACACCACACCCACACCACACAUACCACACAGACACACACACCACAGACACACUACACCCACACCACACAGACACACCACACACACACCACACACACCAUACACACACCACACCACACACACCAUACACACACCCACACACACCACAGACACACACCACACACAGACACACACACCACACAGACAUGCACACACCACACAGACAUGCACACAUCACACCCACACACCACACCCACACACACCACACAGACACACACCACACAGACACACACCACACAGACACACACCACAACCACACACACACACCACAGACACACACCCCACACACACCACAGACACACCCAUACACCACACCCACACCACACACAGACACCACACACAGACACCACACACAGACACACACACCACACAGACACCACACACACACCAGACACACACACCACACACACACACCACACACACACCCAUACACACACCACACCCACACCACACACAGACACACACACACCACACACAGACACACACCACACACACACCACACACAGACACACACACCACACACAGACACACACCACACACACACACCACACACAGACACACACACACACACACGCAGUGAGAAAACAGGAUCACACAGUCUCCGUAUCUGUAUGAAAUGUUUCAUUAAUAUGUGUUUACGUGAUUUACUAGUGUUUUACCUCACUGUUGCUUCUGUCAUCCUACUCUUUCACUUGGAUAUGAUUUUCUUCCUUCUGAAGGAAUCCCUUGUUAUUUCAGCAAUAGUUUCUGAGUGGUAAAUACUCAAGUUUGUUUAUCUGAAAGUGUCUUUGUUUUCCCGUGUCCUAGAUGGGUGCAGAAAUGCAGGUUGCUGUGUCUUUCAGCGGUUCAAAGACAUUUCAUUACCUUUGGCUGCUGGUUGCUGUUGAAACACUGGCUCUCAAUCCAGUGUCCUUAGAUCAUCUAACUUUUCUUCCUUGGUGACUUUAACAUCUUGUUCCUUGUUUGAGUUUAAGUGUCUUACUGCACUGUGUCCGGAUGUCGAUUUGGACUUACUCAUCCUGAGACUUAGCGUGCUCUUAGAUGGGGGGACUCUUCAGUCCUGGCGUGUUCUCAUUGUCACCUGUUUCAAUGCUGCAUUUGUACCUUUGCUCCACUCUUCAGGAAUUCAUACCAGGUCUGUGCCGGACCGUUCUACUCUUCGAUCCUGCCUCUCGCCUUUCCUCUCUGUUUAGUUAUCCAGAUCUGGUUUUAUCUUGAACUAUGUCUAAUUUGCUGCUCUUAUCUUUAGCUCUAAUCUGUUCUUCUCGGUUAUAGAAAGUGCAUUUUACUCUUUUGAAAGCUUCUCACCUCCCGUUUUCCGGGGUUCUUUUCCUCCGUUACAGUUUCUUUUCUUCAUGUAAGGGAUGGUUUUCAGUGCGGUUGGCCUCCACAUUGUUUUAGUAUUUGUGGGCAUUUUGGAGUCAUUUCUCUGUUUUGUUCUUGCUGAUUCCCACAUGGUGGGUUGUUUUCAUCUAUCAUUUGUGAUGUGAAAUAUGCAUGGUAAGGUCUUCAGCAGGGGACUUCCCUCUCUCCCUCCCUCUCAUCCUUCCUUGUGUGUUUUGUGUGCUGUGGAUUGUGGGUGUAGCCCUAAGGAACUAUUUUUCUUUGCCUUCUUGGGGCUACAGGGUUUCCCAGGUUCUAGACUAGUUUUACCUUAAUUUCUAGGCUUGAGAUUCCAGAACUACUCAAAUCAUAUUAAUCUGCAGGCCGCAGGCCACGCCCACAGGGCCCCAGGUUUAUGGUCCUGGAUUCUCCCUGAAGCCUCUUUCCCGAAACCCUCUACUGCUUUUCUGGCCUGGAGGGUACAAUUUUCUAGCUCUUUUCAUAGACCAGACCGCCCUCCAGGAGUUCUGCCCUGACACAGGGGUCUCAGUUCCCACUUCUCUGUCCAAGGCAGGCUCACGGCCACAUCUCCUGCCCACCCAGUCCCUGGGGCCUAUCUCCGGUUCUGAUGGCUUUUGGGCCCCAGGAACAGGCGGCGGGGUCUUAGUGCACCUGCUCAGGCUGCCUUUUGUGUGCACUUUCUGUUAAUGGAGGUCUUCUCUUGAGCUCGACUCUGUCUGUGAUAUUAGGGUGAGGCUUCAUUCUAUCUUAAUAAUGACCUUUAUCCAUGCUUACGGUGGGAAGCGAGGGCUCCCAUCCAUGCAGUGCAAUGAGGUUUGGGAGCUAGAGUUCUGCUGGGCGUGGUGUGUCCUGAAGCUCUGCGCUGUGGACCUGAGUUGGCUCUGCGUUUUCGGAGUAAAAGUGGCUUUCACUACAGGCGGGUGUUAAUUGAGAGCAUCACGGCAAGGAGUACAGAUACGGCCGCGGUCGUGUUCCAGUUGCUCUUUUCUUGUAGUUGAGUUCAAGCCUUGCCCUUCUUUCUGCUUGUCUGAAUAUUCAGCAGGGCACAGAGCAGUGUUCACUUUAAUGAAACACAGCUUCAUGCCCACGGGUGGGACUGUAUGGAUAUAGAUCCCAGGAAAUUUGUUUCCGAUGAAGAAAGCUGCAUUUCCUUGUGUUUUGGUGUCAUUUCUAUGUUUUCUUUGCCCUGUAAUUCGGCUGACUUUCACCAGACUAACAUAGCAGGACAAGAUUUAUCGUCUGAGCUGCACAUGGAGUGAUAGGAAGUGAGUUUGUUCCCAGGACUCCGCUGUCUUAGGCGAAGAUGAAAAUCUGUCAUGAAUUGAAUGCCGUGUACAAAGUGGGAGGGAGGUGUGUGUAGCGCCUCUGCUCUGCUGGGCACACCGCCAGGUACACAGGAAGCUUGCUCGGAAGCACGCGGGCCACCACGGCCAAGGGGCUCUGUGUUGCAAAAACCAUGGCCGGUGAGGCACGGGCGGCGCGUUCCUGGUGGAGAAUAGUCUGGGCCUGAAGCGGGUGUGCACACAUGUCAGGGAUUGGGGAGAGAAAUGAUCCUAUUUCUACUUUUUUAAAUUCAAAAAUAAAUUUAUUAAACAGAAUUAAGGGAUUAUAAUUUAAAAUUUUGGAUAGCUGUGUUCUUAGAAGUAUAAGCAUGUAAAACCUGGAAAAUUGUUUAUGGAAACCUUUUAACCUACUGGCUGUCUGGAAAGUCGGCUGCCCUCUGGUUUGGUGCAGUGUUUGUCCUUUGUCAGGGAAGCAAGGGGAGGAGGUGGCGGGCACGGAACCAUCUUCCCACUUUCCCAUCCUCGAGAAGGAACUUCUGUGGGACAUGACAGCUCUUGGAGGAAACAGCUUCCUUUUCAUUGUUCUUUUCCCCUUGUGUGUUUUCAUUUUUCUCUUUAACUUUCUGCUAAAAUCUAAGAAAUGCUUUCAGGCGACAUGCUGAUGGAGGGGAAGUCAGAGGACUUGCCCCCACAGUGUGCGCUGUGUCCGUGGCGGCGUGUGCUGUGUCUGUGGCGGCAUGUGCUGUGUCUGUGGCAGCGUGGGCUAUGUCUGUGGCGGUGCGGGUGGCAUCUGUGGUGCUGUGGCUUGUGAGUGCAUUUGUGGGUGGCCAGUCCAGUCCUCUCAGUCCUGUCAGGUGGAGAGCAUCCACCUCGAAGGGCGCUGAUGGGUCCCACAGGGCUUAGGUGCCCCUGACGAGUCUCUUUCCAGAUGCGCUGGCUGCACAUGUAAGUUGAUGCAGGUCUCGAGGUAAACCAGGUGUGGUGGGUGUGAGUGAGCCAGUCUACUGUCCUCUCUUUUUGCUGUGGCCCCUGGCAGCAGGCUUCUGCUGGAACCCGACAGUCCACAGGCCACUGAAAAUCAUCCUUUCUGUCCAGGUCCCAGGGAGGAAAUGCCUCUUGUUGGCUGUGGACAGUGAGGCCCACACUGGUCAGGUGGCUCAUGUGGCAUCACAGGCUCCUGGGAGUGUAUCCCAGCUUUGAUGCUGGGCAGUCCCACUCCCACACUCCCGGCCAGAGUCCCGGAGCCACCACAGCAGUUGUCAUGUGGAAACCACAAGCUGGAAAGUCUGGAGGGGACAGAAAUUCACAUCCUGUCAGUGACAUUAGCAUAGUGAACCUCCAGCAGCAAAUUGCUUCUCCUGGUGGUGGCUCUAUGUUUAGAUGAAAAUAGAACACAACACAAAGGAAUCGCUGUGUAUUUAGGAGCUGAAGUUUCUGUUGUAUUAAAAGGAAUAAUGAUAAUUUGGGUUCGUCCUGGUUUCCGGGAGGUCGUGCUGUGCGGAGUUUUUUCGUACUGCGUAUAACGGAAGCGGAAUGGUGAUUUCUGCAGAUGGUGCACCUGCUUCUCAGAGGAUCCAGAGAAGCCGGUUUUGUUGGCGGGAGGGGUGUCCUGGAGGACUACUGAGUGAGGUAGUCAUGAUGUGGUUUAUAUAGGGUACGUUUAUAACAGUGAGUAACGAGCCUCGUGCAGUGUGUUCCAAAACGCGGAGACUGGAGCGUCUCGAGCAAGAGCUAGGACUGCAGGUGCUGCGUGGUUACAGCUCGGGUCAGUGCCUGCAGAGUGAAUGGAAAGCUUUUUAUUUUUGUCUUGAUUUUUGAUUUUUGGAGGCAGGUCUUGCUCUGUCACCCAGGCUGUGGUGCAGUGGUGCCAUCUUGCUCACGGGAUCUCCUGCCUCAGCCGCCUGAAUAGCUGGGACAGCAGGUGCAGGCCACCACGCCCAGCUGACUUUCGUAUUGUUGGUAGGGACAGUGUCUCAUUAUGUUACCUAGGCUGGUCUCAAAUUCCUGAUGUCAAGCCAUAUUCCCGCCUCAUUCCUCCUAAAGUGCUGGGGUUACAGGUGUGGGCCACCGUGCCUGGCUGCGAAUGGAGAUCUUUGCCCACGUCACUUACACCAUCAGCAGCAGUUUGUGUGUCUCCCCUGACCUUCACUGUUUAGAAAUGGAAUUUUGUUUUAAAACAUUUAGGAAAUAGAUAUGAAAAUAAAACGAUGUGCUGUGUAUUAUUAGGUAGCACCAAAAUUAAGGCGAGUAAAACUUCUUGAAAUCUUUUAAAGUUGAGGACAUGGAAGCCACUCAUGUUGAAAGGCCCAUCUCCACUCCAUGUCAUCCUCGAAGGGUGCUGGCGGACGAGUCUCUUUCCAGACGUGCUGGCAGCACCUGUAUGUUGAUACAGGUCUCGAGCUGAACCAGGUGUGGCAGGUGUGUGUGAACACACGUGGGCAGGUGCCCUGUGUCUGUAGCAGGAGGAUCCCACUGAGGGUGAGGGAAACCCACCCCCUGAGUCCCAUCUCUGGCAGCUCUUCUGCUGGGGAGGCCCGUGAGCCAGUCUGCUGUCCUCCUGCUUGGCUGUGGCCCCUGGCAGUGGUCUUCUGCUGGAACACGGCAGUCUGUAGUCAGGCCACUGACAAUUGUCCUUUCUGACCAGGUCCCAGGUAGGAAGUGCCUCUUCUGGCCUCUUCUCCUUGGAGAGGCUGAGGCACCUUGUUCCUCUAAAGGAGGCCUGAGGUCUGUGUCACCUCUGCCAGUGCACGCUGAUCCCGUGGCAGCUUCUGGAUGCUUCCAGGCGCGUGGCCUGCUGUGUGGACUAGUUCUGGAUUUUGUACCCACUGUGUCUGCCCCAAGAUGAGCUGCUGGAGGCUCGAGCCAGUGGCAGCCCCGGUGGCAGGAGGGCAUGGGGAGCUGACUGCCUGGCACUUGGCCGUGUGGGGCUCUGGACCCUCUGAGACUCAUGUCAUAUUUUCACAACCUGCAAUUUUUUGUUCUUCCCUGUUCUGGAGAAGUGGCCUAGGGUCUCUGGGGGGCCACCUGCAGGGUUGGAGACCUGGGUACUGAAGACACAAUGACGUUAUCACCUGGACGUCUUCUCUCGGAGCCCUGAGGGCCAACUCUGUGACUUAUCAGCUGGGUUUUCAGGACCUAACGUGAUGUCCGGAACACACCUGUCUUGUCAGAGACACGGACUGAAAGCAGGUGCCUUGUUUAACCAGGGAACGUCUGUGCAUCAUCAUAGGAGACACAGAGCAGGGUAAUCCCCGCAUGUUCCCUGCUCUUCUGACGGGACAGGCUUCGGGGGCCAUCACGGAAGAUGCUCCAUGGGCAGCGGUGCACCGGCUCCUUCCAGAGGCGGGAGGCCCUGAAGCCAGCUUUCCUGUGGAGGACGCGUCUCAGUAGGAAGGAGCGCAGCUGUCGUGGGGUGAGAAGUGGCAGAACCGGUGUGCGGCAGGCAGCUGACACGUGGGACACGUCCUCACUGCUUACGCAUAUUUUGUGCACCUUCUUUCCUGACUCACAGUUUUGAGUGCAGUGUGUGUCGCUUAAUAUUAAGCUCCUUAUUAUUUUUUUUUAGUAGCUCAGCUAAAGGAAUGAAUAAUAAUUUACAAGACUAGAGCCCCACCCAAGCUGGGACAGGACUUGGCUGCAGAGAUUCUGAGCAACAGGAAAGGACGCUGCCGAAGUAGAUGCUGAUGGAGGAAGUGGAGAACUUGAAUUUGAAGCAUUGACACAAAGUCUGAAUAUUUUGGAUUUUUUUUCCUGAGAAAGUCACAAAGCAAUGAUUCAAAGGAGGUUUAGAUGCAGUCUUUGCUCUCCAGAAUGGUGAGUGGCUCCCUUAAAAAAUCAGCAGGUUCCGUCAAAUGUGCAUUCUGGGUUUCCAGCGUGCUUCUCCCCAUGCAAGCCUCUCUGUCUUUCCCUCCUCGGUGAGUAUGACACCCACACCGAGUCAUGAGAGUCCUGGUGAUCCCUUUCCUGAUCUGUCCCCUCCUCCAUGAGUGUGACACACCUACACCAAGUCAUCAGAGUCCUGGUGAUCCCUUUCCUGAUCUGUCCCCUCCUCCGUGAGUGUGACACACCUACACCAAGUCAUCAGAAUCCUGGUGAUCCCUUUCCUCAUCUCUCACAAUUGGACCACUCCCCUCACCUCCCGGGACCCAGGAAUCUGCUCAGCUCUCCCUCGACCUCCCCCACCUUCUGCAGCCCCUUCCCUGCCCUGGACAACGCUCUGCACGGUGGCUGAAGUCGGAAUGGAAGGUCCUCUCUGUGGCCUUCGUAACUGAGUCCUCAUCUCUUCUUCCUGCCCCAUGGAAACCCAGCAGGCUCGUCCCCUUCCCAGGCCUUGCCCUUGCUGUUGAUGCCGCCUCCUGUGCACCUCCUUGGGAGGGUUGACCCCACACAUCUCUCAGGUGUCUGCUCGAAACGCCGCCUCCUCUUGGGGCCCCGUCAGGUCACUUUGUCUAAAGGAGCAGCUCCGGCCUGUCCCACCUGCAUGGUGGUUGUUCCCGCACAUGACCCAACACAGUCUGCUGUUACUAAUGUGGCAUCCCCUCUUCACGAGAGGAAGUUUGGUGUGCAGGGACUUAGAAGCCCGUAUCCCCAAAAUUGCGACAGUUGCUUAACAGCUUGUUCAGCAAAACUUGAACGAAUGAGCCAGCGAUGUGAUGUGACCUUGAAGCUUGAAUCAGUCCGUGUGGAGAGGCAGAACAACAGAGUGGGGGAAGCUUUGACUGCUGGUCCCAACCUUGAUCAAGGUUGCCUUUAUCAUCUCCCGGCUUCUUUAAAACGGGAACAGUGGUAGUAUCUAUGGUGGCUGUUUCCCUGGUGAGUACCGUGAGGACCACUUCUGUGAAUGAGACCCAGAGCUAAGUGCCUGAGCAUCAUAAGCACCCGCUAGGAGUUAGCUGCUCUUGUUUCUCAUUUAGAAUGUAAGCACGAUGUUAAGGUUAGUUCUAGCAAGAGACGGCAAGAAUAAUAGUUUAGAAAAUGAAACACAUUUUCAGUGAAUUGAGGCAAGUGCCAUCCUAGGAAGUGCUGGAAGAGUAAGGCUUUCAACCCCAGGGUCUGUUGGCUCAAGCACCCUUGGAGCAGACUUCUGCUGGGUGAGGCCACCAGCACAGCUGCUCGCUGGGCAGCUGCUGGCGGGGUCAGCCUGACUCGGCAGACCAUCACCGAGGGUUGCAGGUGCUGGGGGACCCCCCAGCCUCACUCGCUCCCUAUCUCUCUGGCCAUUGACCACAGAUUGGUCACUUCCGAAAUGCCGCCUUAAAGUUGGCAUCACAGGAUCCUUUUUCCGCACAGAAAAUGAGCGGUGCUUGGAAGUCUGGUCUGUGGAGAGAAGGAAAGGGUGUGGUCCCGCCCUCCAUUCUCCGCUUUGCCCCGGGGAUGGAUCUCUGCUUUGAUGCUCCCGGCCAGUGUGCCUGCCUAGACUUUCUGCGAACGGCCAGUUGGGGUUUAUUGGUAUGAACGAGUGACUCACUUUUUCUGAGCUGCUUGUUCAUGUGCACCUAUUUUCCAGUUCCUGCCGCCUGACCACAGCACCUCGGCGAGCGUGUGAGGUUCGGAGGUGUGGAAGCUGUUUUGGGAGAGUGCUUCCGCUGACAAAACGGUGUUCGUUGCUGACUCACAUUUCGUGAGCAGCUCGUGCAGAUCAGCUGCCCUGGCAGGGAGGGCGAGGGCCCCGUGUGCGGCACUGAAGCGAAGGUGACGCGGAGGGAGAAGGGCGUCUCCUGCCCCCCAUGUACUGUGCACCUCAUUCUUUAUCUGUGUUUGUUUCACUCCUCACGUCAGCCUCAUUUCCACUUGAUGGGGAGAUGUUCACCCCAAACCCUGCAGGGCCGCCUCCCACACGGGGAGGGUAAGCCAGGUAGGAAUUGCCGAAUAUUUGUUAGACUUCUUGGGACUGAAGAGGUGUUUGUUUAGCAAGUAGGAUGCCCAAGGGGAGACAGAAGCGGUGGGCACAGCAUGAAAACACAGGCCUUUCAGUUUGCCCAGCGUGCGGGCGGCCGGGCAGCGAGGGAACGUGGUUAUCCACGGGCGGACCGCACAGCCCGUGUGUCUCCAGCCAUGGCUGACAACGCGUCACCUUUCCUCAUUAACCUAAUUGAAGGGAACCUACCCAGAAAACGGCUUUCCAUUAGCCGUGGAGAUGCCAUGUGUGUGUUUUGCAGUGUUCCUGGUAAACGGCUGCCGUGUGUGGCUCCUCCCACUGCUCUGGAUCACCCAGCAGCUGCCAGGCGGCUCUGGGGAACGUGCACAGGGCACACCAGGUGAUCCUUCGCGCUCUCUGUGCUGUACAGAGCGGCUGUGCAGUGACUCACCCCCACGUGCCCUCUCCACUGGGCAGUGGACGUCCUCCCAGGAGCAGACCGUCCAGAGCAGGACAGUCUUCUCAAUGCUGUUUUCAAAGGCAGACAACGCAUUUUCUCCUGAUUUGCUAAAUCACUUAUGAACGCUUGACCUGGCCUGGGCCACAGCUGAGAGCUGGCUCUGUGUGGUCUUACUUAGGGAGGAGGCAGCAUGGCCAUGCCAGGCCCUGCAGAACUUUUGAGGAGAGGCCCUGAGAGUCCCUCCAGCAAACACUGUUCUCUGGCUGUCGAACAGAGACAUUGGCUUGCUGUCACUCCUCCUAGCCUCGUGGCCGUCACCCACUCAGCCAGUGCCUGGCCAGCCCCCACCCACACACCUGGCUCUGUGCUGGGUGCCAGGACCGUGGGGAUAGGAUGGCCCUGGGUAGCCCCCUUUCCAAUUCCCGACACUGCUCCUUGCACCCGGUGGCUCACGGCGCCCCUGUGCUUCUCCCUCUGCCACACCUCCAGGGUGCCUGGAUUGUUUCUCAAACGGGAGGGUGAGGCAGCGUUUUUCCAUUGCCACAUGUUCCCUGGGAAAUCCCCGAGUAGUAACCUGCUGUUCCCUUUCCUCCCUGGCUCACUCCUGCCCGUGUUCGCCUCUCUACCGGGCUCUGUCUGCCUCUGAAUCUGCGUGUCCGGCUGGCUCAGUUUGACCUUUUGUCCCGUCAUCCAACUAAGCUGCAGGUGUUAGCGAGCCAGGCUGGGCACAUGAGAGAGCCAGGUGUCCCCCUGCGGUCUCCUCUGUCCCCUCCUCAUAGUCUCCUGUCCCCCUGUGGUCUCCUCUGGCCCAUGUCUGGCAGCUGCUGGCACCAGGCAGACCCCAUGGCAGGACCGGAUGCAGACAGCCGGGGUGGGUCCCUGGUUCUGCUUGGCUGGAGCCAGGCCACUGUGUCGCUCACUCUUAUGUUCCCAGAUGCUCAGGGCCUGCUCGCUGAGCUACGAACCAGAUGUGUAUGGCUGCUUGAACACAUAGGGGUUGGGGACACACUGAAGACUGGCGGGAUAUUUGGGAGAGAACAAGCCAGGUAGAUCACCUAGCAGAUGCUCAGAGAGGACAAACUGUUGAGUAGACGGUGGGGGCAGCCUUGUCUUUAUUCUUGGCAUCUCUAGAAAAAUUGUUACGGAAAGUUUCGAACACAUAUGAAAGGAAGACGAGUGCGUAGAGCUAGGGCCCACAGCCACCGCCCCUCAGGACAUCCCUGGGGCUCUCCAUCGUGACCACUUUGUCUCCCCACAGCUUUGUUUUCUGGAGAAUUUAAAACCCAUCUCAAAGGCCCCAGCACCAUCCUUAAAUACUCGAAUGUGUAUUUCUGCCAGAUCUAACCCUGUUGUAGCACUCAGCAGAACAAAUCAUGGUCCCUACACCUCACCUUAUGCCCAAGUGAUGUUUAAUGUUUACUAGUUGUCUUAAAAACUGUCUUUUUACAGCCAGUUGUUCAAAUCCAGACCAAAACAUCAGGACUGGCGGGCAUAUCUGGAAUCCCCUGCCCCCUCUCCACCUCAGUGCGUCCUUUGUCCUUGGAUUUGCUGUUUGGAGACCUGACUGCUUAUAGCCAGCCCAGUGUCCUUCAGCAUCUCCACAGACCCACACUUCGUGAGCCCGCAGCUGCGGCCAGUUGUGAUUCGUGGUGGAGAGACAGUAGGCUUACUUCUUAGGUUAUCCUUGACAUUUUAAAAGACUGCGUGAUUACCCUGGAGGAAAAUACUGCUUCGGGAAAGAAUCUUUUUCCAUUUUCAUUUUCUCUAAUAAAUACACAUAAACUAUGUUGGCAUGCCUGAGGAGCUCACAGCACUUACUCAUUAAAGUUUAAUUUCUAUUAAUGGGCAGAGGCAAGAACUGUUAUGGAACUUCAGUAAUUUUCAGUAACCUGCACAGUGGGGAAAGCAGAAUCUAGUGGCCUGGGAUGCUCAAGGCUCUCAGCAGAAGCCCCCACGGAGGCCCAGGUGUGGGGCCAGGGUGUGGGCUGCACAGUGGAGGGAGGUAGGGCCGGGGGCUGCUGAGGUCACACAGAAAGCAGGAGGCUGAGCCGGGCGGAGGCCAGAGCAGGUCCUGCUUGGGGCGGCACAUGGAGACCCCUCUGGUGGCUCCCGUCAGGGGAAGGACCUAGGCGGAGUCUGAGUAUUUGGCUGACCUUAUAGAACAUUUUAUCUCCAAGCCAUGACAUUUCAGUCCACUGAGCUCCCUUUUAUAAUUUAAUCAAGGAAGGUCAUCAAAGCGCCAGGACCAUACUGCCGCGGAGCACACGGGUUAGAGGCCCGAGGGGACGGCACAAGGGCCCAAACCCAAAUAGGUACCCACUGCACUCCACACCGAUGACACGUGUGCGAAGGGAAGGUUUGUGGUGUGCACCGCGCCACGCCCUCCCGGAGAUGCAGGUCUUGGUGGGGCACAUGAGCCAGGAGCAGGACUUGGUCACAUAUACCUGCCAGUUUGCUGCAGCCCAAGAGUCUGUUUUCCUCACGGCCAGUCUUCCCAGCAGAAGGCAUUUUCCUUCCCUCUUUAUUCAGGCAAAAGACAAGUUAUUUUGCCCCAGCGAAGAGAACCAAGUGGUUUCCUUUGUCUUUGCUGUAAGGCUAAGCUCUUCCUUUAAACCUUGGGAAUUCUGCUGUUGCCCAUGAAGUUAGGUCUGACGGUAUCUGGGCUCCUCUGGUCUGACGUCAGCCCUUGCCAGGGUGUUCACAUGGCUCUGUCCCUGGAGUCCCAGUGAGGCCCUGGGACAAACCCCCGUGGAGACACAUUCUGUAAAAUAUCUAAGCGGGAUUGUUCGAAGCUGUCAAGGUCAUCGAAAACAAGAAAGGUCUGAGACACUGUCACAGCCAAGAGAGGCAGGAUCCUGGAUGGGUGCCAGGACAGAAAAUGGAUACCGGGAAAAGCGGAGGAGAUGUGAAUCAAGGGCAGGCUUUUUCCCUCACGAUCCCUGAGCACAGCAUGCUAAUGUAAGAUGUGAAUGAUGGCGGUGGAGGGUGCAGAGCUUAUGGCAUCUCUCCACUAUCUUUGAUUUUCCUAUAAACUCAUGGCUGUUCUAAAACAAAACCUUUGUUUGAAAAGUAGGAAAGGACAGGGAGAGUGGCUGCAAUGAGACCGAGCCAUUACUGUUUCCCAGUAGCCCUGAGCUUCCAUCCCCGUGUCUGAAAAGCAGCUCGGUCAGCACAGGGAGGUGUGCACACGACUCUUGGGUCAGAGCCGUUGCGGUGUGUUCGUCUAUGUCAGCAGUCCCCCACCAAACACACUUCAGAAUGUGAAUCCAUCCAGUUCUCCUUUUGUGCUCAUAACAAAAUACUGAAGUGUGGUGCUGAGGGUGACGUGUGGGCCUGAGGUCUCUGUCUUCAGAGUCAAGUGUGGGAAAGAGUGUUCCCAGGUGUGCCAAGCUGUUGCUGCUUUCCUCCCUGGGCCUGACCACGCUGGUUCAUCACAGGAAUGCAAAGUUAGCUUGACGUGGGAAAAGGAGUAUUACCAUGUUAUCUGAUGGAAGGGGAAAUUAUUUAAUAACUUGAAUUGAUGCAGAAAAGUUUCAUACAGAUGAGCAAACAUAUAUGAUUUAAAAAUAUGUCUUGGCACACUGGGAGUAGACUGGAGCUUCCUUAAUCUGAUAGUUACCUGUUGGACACCUGCAGCAGCAAUAGACUUUCUAAUAAAACAUAGGAAACAUUCUUUGUAAGAUCAGAAAUGAGACCAGUUUCUCUCAGUACUGCACUAUAGGACUGAGCCAGCAGACCACAGAAGAAGAAAAGGCAUGAGGUCUGAAAGGCGGAAACAAAACUGCCAUUAUUUAUAAGCGACAUGAUUCUGCAUGUAGAAAAUACAUAAUAACUACAGAAAUAUGAUUGGAAUGAAUAUUCUACGCUGCAGGACCAAUGUGUAAAAAUUAUGCAAGCAAGCAGAAAUUGAAAUGGAAAUAUCAAAUACCUAAUAAUAAAUCUAAAGAUAUUCAAGACCUCUACACUGAAAAUUCUGAACCAUUUCUGUGAGAAAUGAAAUGAGGUGAUAGCCCAAUUUUCAUGGACUGAAAGAUGCAAUACUGUAAAUAUUAUCUUCUCCCCAAAAGAUAGAUGCAGUGCUGUCCCAGCCAGUUUUUUCCCUCCCUCCCUCCCUCCCUC